AUGUCGACCCCUCGCCAACGCUCCCAUGACGGAUGCUGGACCUGCAAGGCCCGCCGUCGAAAGUGUGACCGCGCCCGUCCGACCUGUCGCGCCUGCCACGAGCGUGGCAUCCACUGCGAAGGCUACGAAGUACGCUUGCGGUGGGGAUCAGGAAUAGCCUCGCGCGGUCGUUUCACGGGGGCGGGGGAGCCGGUGGUCGCGUCUGUGCCUGUGCGGGCCAAGGGUCGACGACGGGAUUUAAGUCGCGAGAGACGCGGGGCAGUGGGAUCUGGUUCUGGCGUGCGAGCGAUUGGUGUAGAAGGUGGCGAUGUUGAUAAUGGUCUGUCCGACUCUUCAGGAAGAUCCCCAGAAUCAUGCUCUGAGCGGAGCAAGGAAGGAGAGAGGUUGUUCCAGGAAUUUCUUUCGUCCGGGAUCUAUAUUUUACAUGCAACGACAGUCCACGAUGCAGGAAACCUCCUGGCGUUGCAACUACCAGAGCUCUGUCGGCAAUCUGACGCAUUAUAUGCGGUAUGCCUGGCAUUGCAGGCUUCGAUGGCAUCUGAACCAAAAUAUCCAUUUCUAGAAUAUUUUGACGCAGCCCUUAAUCAAUUUCGUACCGAGUUGGCUGGCAGCGUGACGCAGCUCGAGGAUGGAACGCUCACUGCGGGUUUAUUGCUAUGUAGCAUUGGACUAAUGCAUGGCUUACCGUGGACAAUGCAUCUACGCGGAAUGUACAGCUUGUUACAAUCUCAAGGGCUCGACACUGACUACCGCCAGCAAACAAUGUUCCGGUCACACUUACUCGAAGUGAUGGGUGUAAUGGAUUUACCAUCAUUUGCCAUUGGUCGUCAAAAUCCAAGUCUGGGCUUUUGGCGAAGGUACUGUCGCGAUCGCAUCGAGUAUGUCCCCAAUAAUGUAGAAGUUGUCAGCGGGCUACCGAGGUCUUUACUGGAUAUCCUCUCCUGUAUAGGAGAGGGUGGUGCAACAGAGGAAGAUUUCUGGGACUGGCCAGGUGCUCAGGGCACCUUACUUCAAUGCCAGUUGUGGGAGGCCUAUCGACUGGCUGGUAUUCUUACUAUACGAUACGCCCAACUACAUUCGCCGCCCGGUCAACUAGAACAACUACCUUUGUCCCGACCGAAAGUUCUACCGGAGACAAAUGUCAUUGUGCUGCGUAUUAUCAGUAGUCUGGAUGCUGUUUCUCGUGGGUCUACUGAAAUAGUUGGAAAAGACUCCUUGGUCCUCAAUGCUAUUCACUAUCCCUCUUUUGUUGUGGCCUUACAGGUCGAUAUCCUCAACGGCGACCCGGGCUUGAAAGAAGUCAUUCGGCGUUGCUUUUCCCUUCGUGGAUGCCAUGCCGAAGUUGGUAGACACGGUGAGAUACUGCUAGAUCUUCUCGAAGACUGGUGGCAAUCUGGCCAUGAGACUGGUAGCGUGCACCAACUUGCCCAGUCCCGGGGACUGGAGCUGGGAUUACUCUGA